AUUUAUCGCGCAAUCACUUGCUAACUAUGGAAAAUAGUGAUUCUGAAUCGUCUGUGGACCAUAAUAGUUUUGCUUCAGUGAUAAAUCUUUAUGAGCAACGUCCUGUGAGUACUGUCUCUGCAGCGAUUACACACGGCGGUGCUCAAAAUAAUUCAUGUUCUACUAACCGUGGUUUUGAAGAGAUUUGUGUACACAGAAAGGAUAACCCUCAAGAUGCAAAGAACUUAUAUUUUACGUCACACGACCGCAACUCGGCUGUUUCGGAUGUUAUUUGUGCACAAGAAAGUGAAUGGGUUCCUGCUAAUCCGAAUAAAAUUUCGAAAAGUGUUCAAACAUCAUUUAAAUUGAAAAAGAAUAUUUCUUCAAGCCAUAAUUUAUCUACAGAGAAAGAUAUCUAUGCAAAUUCAUUGAAAUUAUCUCCAACUGAUACUUUAACUCAUUUACAUAUUCCACAGUAUAGACCGUUACCUGCGCAUAAAUUAGGCAUUAUCUCUGAAGAUUUAUCAUCGGCAUUUCCAGUUUUAGAUUUUACAUUCCAACAAAAACAUCGCGACCAAAAUCAACAGCAGCAUCAAAGUAUAUCAGCGUCUGCAGCAUCGUCAUCCUCAGGAACAGGAUCGACAGCAGUCACAAUUUAUACAACAACAGUGUUAUCACCUUCAGUAAUCAACACAUCUCUAACAAACUAUGAAUCUCAACAAACGAACAUCUAUGAUAACUCUCUAACACACUCAUAUGAGAAGAGUUCCAUACGAUUAAUGUUAAGUGAGAAUGCAAAUCAAAAUUAUCCUAUUGUAUACUAUAAUCAAAAGGUGUGUGAUUAUAAUAAAUAUUUUCCAGAGCAAUCUAUUGCUUUAACAGAUCGUAGUAUUGUCAGUAAGCAAGAUCAGUCAUCUACAGCUAAAUUUUCUUAUCCUGGUGGUGAUUCAGGUAUAAGCAAUACAAGCCCAGAUACGUAUAGUCUUUCAGAGCCUGGUCUUGUUGCCUCAACAUCUCAGUAUCCAUUAGAUAACAGCGAUAUUUAUAAUCAGGGGAAAGUAAAUGUAUCCUCACAAACUAUUUCUCACUAUGCUUUAGAUUAUGCUACUACACCAAAACGUAAUAAUAAUAAUAAUGAUAAUAACAAUUACAAAUCAAGACAUAAACUUCAUCCCUACCCAUUUAUAUACAAUAAUCAGCGUUUAUUUAACGCUAAAACAAACACCAGCAAAAAUGUUUGCAUACCUAGCACUUCUACUAAUUAUUCAUACAUAAAACGUAAACGAAGUUAUGACAAAAAGCUACACAAGAUAUGGCAGACAUAUGAAAAUCGUUUAUAUAAAUUCAAUGAAAUCACUUCUUCAUCAUCUUUAUCAUCAGCAUCAGAAUCUGCAUCAACAGCAUCAGAAUCUUCAUCAUCCACACCAUCGUCAUCUACACCGACUAAUUCAUCAACCAGUGAAUUGUUUACUGUUAAAAUGAGUCGCGCUGCUAAAAAUCAAUCGACCGACGAUGAUGAUGACAAUGAUGAAGAUGAUGAGGAGACAACUAGUCAACAAGCUGAAACCAAAAAAGAAACCCUACAAAAUACUCGGUCUAACAUUAAAGGAAUUCAUUCAAUCAGUAAAAGAGAGUAUUCAACCAAAGAGAAUAAAAAGAAAAGCAAUACAAGUAUAUUCGCUUCUAUUAGACGCAGUAAGUCUGCUAAAUAUCUCAUCAAGAUGAUUUAUGGUAUCUUAUUGACCACAAUGGGAUUUCUGUUAGUCUGUGCAAAAGUCAGUGGAGAUACUUCAGUGUCAUUGGCUUUAGAAGCUCUCAUUAAUUUUCUGCUGCUUGGACAACUUGUGUAUUUAGUGACAUUUUAUAUUUCCAAUUAUUGCAAAACAUGUUGUUCAUUUUGUGACUGUUGUCUCGUAAAAAGCAGUAGACACAAUGUUUAUCGAUUUCAUUAUGGUCAGAAUUAUACAACUAACCUAUUGUUGAGACGCGGAUUGAAUCAGACAGUCACAUUUAAUAGGGCUGAACAUCACAGAUCACAUCGAGUCAUUCAUCAGAGUGAUGUAAAACAGGACAGUAAAACUCUUACCUGCUCCAAGGAAAUAAGCAACACUUCUCAACCGGAUAAUUCACAGUAUUAUCAACUUUUGACCUUUGAAAAUACAAGAAUAACACAACCUCAAGUUGGAUUCAGUAAUCAGAAACGCAGCAUGUAUUCUAAUAUUAAGAAUGAUAACAGUAAUAAUAAUAAUAAUAGUAACCGUCACUUGAAGAUAGUUCAGACCACUCCUAAACUAAAUCUAAAUUGUGAAUAUAUAAUUCAGGGAUGUUUUUAUAUCGGAAGCCUAGUCAGCAUUAUCUAUUAUACAGACAAAUUUCUUGAAAUACUCCAUAAUAUAAUGAAUACUGAUUUGAAUCGUUUUCAGCAAUCGUCAUUACUUAACAACAUUUGGAGUCAGUAUACAAAUAUGAAUGCUUAUCAGUACAAUAAGAAUAAUAUCGCAAUGAAUGGUAGUUAUCAACAUUAUAACGAAAGAGAUUUACCUGGUGAAUUGAGAAGCAGUUCUACAGAGAACAACAACAAUAAUAAUACUGUUAGAAAUACAUUAAUUACUGAUAGUCUGAUAAGAUAUAAAGCCAGUCCAAUGAUAAUCAUAAAUCACAAUAAUACUAUGAAUGAUACAAUCAUGAAUAAUCCGAUAAAUAAAACUAUUGACUUAUUUCAACGACAGAUUAUCUACACUUAUUGGUUACAAUUAAUUAAUAAUGCAUUAUGGAUUCUGUUAAUUGUGAUACAAAUACCAUUUAUAAUUCGAUUAAAACGGGUAUAUCAGAAAUCUCUAAAAUUAUCUAAUGGAUUCUUAUUUAUACAUAUUAUAAUUGCAAAUCUAAUCGGUUGGUUUUACGUAACGUAUAUUAGCACAGAAAACUAUUUCAAACACUACCAUGAAUAUAUGCUGAACAGAACAAAAGAAACUGAUGAUUAUUCAGCAGAAAAAUUGGACAGACUAUGGAUUUUAGAAGUGAAUCGCAAUCCAAAGGCCUAUUUAGUGAACGCUGUCGCUCACUCACAUUUAUUCAUUGUAGUUUUGCUUUGGGUUAUUUGGAAUGUUCAGAAACUGGUUAACAUUGUUCUAGAUUCUGGAAAAGGAAGUAAACGACACCGUCUUGUACACUGGGAGAAAGAUAAUUGUUCGUUAUCAUCAUCAUCAUCGUCGUCGGCAUCACAAGAUACGAAACAACCAGCUCCACAACUACCUUCCCCUUCAUCACCAUCUUCUAAGAAAAUGCAUUGCUAUUCGUAUUUCAAGAAGCCAUAUAUGUUCGGUACACUCAGUCUACUAUCGAUAAUCUUGUUGAGUAUACAUUUAUUUUCUUAUAAGUUAGAUAGUUAUUUACAAAUUCUGUUUUGUUACUUAAAUUAUUUUUUUAUUUUAUUAUCAACAGCUUUACAGACUAUUAUACUAUCUUAUUUGCUAAAUCAUGAUAGACAGUUGAAACGAAUUUUAAAUUAUCCGCGCGCGCUAUUGAAAAAUUUCAAUUGGUUUAAAACAAAUCUACUUCACUUUCUACUUUUAUUUCAGUUAACCGGUUCUGUAUGUUAUAAUUUAAUACAAAUUAUUGAAAUUUUCCUACAGUUUACAAUUCCAGGUAAACAGAAUUUUAAAAGUAGUUAUCUUUCCAGUACACCUGUUUCAUCUAUUCUACCUAUUUCGUCUAUUCUUCAAACACGUAAGAUGAUUAAUCCUCAUCACCAGCAUCAUCAGUAUAAUCAUCGAUAUGAAUUAUUAUUUCUAAAAUAUUUGCUUAUUUCAACAUUCUGUUUUGAAAUGAUUGAAAAUUUUCUUGCAUUGUUAUGCUUACCAGUUCUAAUGGUGAAGUGUUUUUCCUAUCAAAUUAUGAAGUCAAAAUUUAUAAUUUGGUUAUUAAUUAAUCUAAUUACAAAUGAGAUUUGUUUAUUAAUUAUGAAGAUUAUAAAUCCACAGUUAUUAAUUUUAGGAAAUGAAUAUAUUUCACAUUCUUCUACAACUUAUGCAACUAAUCACCAUUUUCAUACUAGGAGUACAGACACCAGUGGUGUUAAUGUUGGCGUUGCUAUGACUACGCCACUUGUCAACAACAAUAAUAUUCAUGAUCAUAAUAUUGUUACUUCAACUGUUAACAACAAUAAUCAUACUGGUUUUAUGCCUAACAAUGAAAGAAUCGCUGACAUUUAUUAUUCAACAGGAAUUCCAGUAAUGUCUGUUGACUGGUGGUAUUGGAUAUUUAUAAAACACUUGUCGCAUUCAUUAUCUAUUCUGUUUCGACAGUCUAUUCUGAUUAGUUGUGGAUUUAUAUAUUUCAACUAAUCAAUACUUAUACUUACUUAUAGUAUAAAUAAUAGGAUGUGUUUAAAUGAAAAAAAAUCAUAAUAGGAUUGUUAUGCAGAAUACGUCUCAUUGUGAGUUGUAAAUUAAUGUUCAUUCACCUUUAAUAUGUUAUUUAAAAAUUAUGCUUUAUUGUUACUGAUUUGUAUACCUAACCUUUUUUUUUAGAAAAGUCUUUCACCCUUGCCUUAGGAUUACAUGCAUUUAUGAUUAUCUCCGCGUACAUGUGUAUAUAUGAUGCUUUUUUUAAAUGUGAUUUGAAAGA